AUGGACCAAGAUUUCAUUGAGCGAUUACAAAACAUUCAACUCACGGAGGAAGAAGGCGAAGUAGUGCACAUUUGGUCAAUCAGUAGAGAGAAAACCAUUGAAGACUGUUCCCUCACCCUGUUAGGUCGUUUCCUUACUACUUGUCCAUACAACCAGAAAGCGGCAAAAGCACUAUUACGGUUGGUGUGGAAACUAGGGAAUGACUUGCGGAUAGUGGACGUGGGAGAGGGGUUGCUUCAGUUUAGAUUCAAGCUAGAGAGCCAACUGACAUGGGUGUGGGGGCUACCGUUUGACUUAAUGAACGAAGAGGCUAGCUGGGAGAUUGGUAAAGGACUAGGGCACGUAGUGGAGGUGGAUAAAAAAACCUUCUUAUCAGACCAAGCACACUUCAUCAUGAUUCGAGUCGAGCUUCCACUGGAGAAACCGAUUCGUCGAGGAGGAUGGGUUACGAACCCUGAAGGUGAUCAAUUACCAGUUGGGUUUAAGUAUGAGCGCUUGGUAGGGUUGUGCUACCAGUGUGGGAGAUUUGGCCAUGAGUUGAAGGAGUGUCCAUCUCAAGGAUCCACACAACAAACAGAGAGACCGUAUGGGGAAUGGUUGAAGGCUGGUGUACGAAGGAAGGAGAGUGCAUCAGAUCGGGCAACCUUCAGCUCACCGAUGCAACAAACAGCGCUAGAAAGUGCUGCAUAG